UAAAGUAGUAAAAAAGAAAACCUUUUCUUCUUCCGCUGUUGAUGAGAGUUUUUUAGUUAUGUCAAGAGAAGUAGAAAACCAACCUGUUAUCGUUGUUGAACUUGGAAGUAGUGAUGAUGAUAGUGAUGGAGGAAGGAGAAUAACAAGAAGAAGCCGAAACCGAAACCGAAAUCAACAACAACAAUCCUUACAUUCUACUGUUGCAUGUGAAGUUUCUGGUCAUGGAGAACCAAGUUCUUUCUUGAAAUCUUCUUCAAACCAUCAAAAUCAAACAUGUCUAUCUCGUAGUUUUUGGAAGGCUGGGGAAUAUGAAGUUCCCUCCACUAAAUCGGUUCCGCCUCAAGGUCAAUUGGCACAUGCUCGUGUUCACCCGAAGUUUCUUCACUCGAAUGCAACAUCUCACAAGUGGGCAUUUGGAGCUAUAGCGGAGCUUCUUGAUAACGCGAUUGAUGAGAUUAGGAGUGGUGCCACCUUUGUUAGGGUGGAUACAAUCCGUAAUAUGAAAGACAAUACUCCUACAUUGCUUUUCCAAGAUGAUGGAGGGGGAAUGGAUCCUGAUUGUAUGCGGCAGUGUAUGAGCUUGGGGUAUUCUUCAAAAAAUUCAAGUACUACUGUCGGACAAUAUGGUAAUGGAUUUAAGACAAGUACCAUGCGGUUGGGUGCUGAUGUAAUUGUUUUCAGCCGCGCGGUUCGUGGAAGCCACGUAACUGAGAGCAUAGGUCUUCUCUCGUACACCUUUUUGCGGAAAACUGGGCAGGAUGAUGUAAUUGUUCCAGUGGUAGAUUUUGAAAUGAGUGAGAAUCAGGCCCAUCCAAUAAUAUACAGUUCAGAAGAUGAUUGGUCUUGCAACUUGAAGCUUAUCCUUGAGUGGUCUCCAUUUGCUUCAAAAAAGGAACUUAUGCAUCAGUUUGAUGAUAUUGGAGUUUGUGGCACAAAGAUUAUCAUAUACAACUUAUGGCUUGAUGAUGACGGAGUUAUGGAACUAGAUUUCAACAAUGAUGAGGAGGAUAUAUGUCUAAGAGAUGAGUUUCCAUCUGAAAAGGCGUCCAAAGGAGAAUCAAAUGCAAGCAAAGAAUUAAAAUCUCAUAUAUCUUACAAAAUUCGCUUUUCUUUAAGAGCCUAUGCGUCAAUUUUGUACCUCAGGAAAUUUAAGAAUUUUGAUAUUAUAAUAAGGGGUGUACCUGUUCAGCAAUAUAUUAUUGCAGAGAACCUGAACUUUACGGAAGUGUUCAAGUACAGACCACAUCUUGGGAUGGCUGGAAAAGAGGUGUCUGUGGAAACAACUAUGGGGUUUGUAAAAGAGUCCCCUUUUCUUGGAGUAACUGGAUUUAAUGUCUACCAUAAGAAUCGCCUUAUCAGACCUUUCUGGAGAGUCACUCUUGAUGGUCACAGCAGAGGGAGGUGUGCUGUGGGUGGUCUGGAAGCAAAUUAUAUCGAACCAGCACAUGACAAACAGGAUUUUGAAAGAUCGGCUCUGUUUAUCAGGCUAGAAAUCUGGCUUAAACAACUAAUCAACAAAUACUGGGAUGAAAAAUGUCAUUUGGCUGGAUUUUGGUCUAAAAAUCCAGAGAUACGUAAUGCACAGAAGAAGCUUAGUGAUAAUCAGCCAGUGAAUAGAAGAUCUGGUUUGACGAAAGGGCGGUCUUCCUGUGACGUUGAUUCAUCAAAUUAUUCAGAAGAACAGGUAAAUGUUGAUCAGCCUGCUGUUGUUGGACUUGCAGCAACAAGUACUACUCGGCAGGAGUUUGACGAUGCACCACCAAUUCCAGAGAUUCGUAGUAUGCAAAAAAAGCUUAGUGAUAAUCUGCCGAUUAAUGGAAGAUCCAGUUUGUUGAAAGAGUGGUCUUCCAAUCAACAAGACGUUGAUUCAUCAAAUUAUUCUGACGAAGCGUUAUGUUUUGAUCAGUCUGCUGUUGUUGGACUUGCAACUGCAAGUACUAUCCGUAGUACGGCAGGAGUUGGCUGUACUAGGAAUUCCCAUGAAGAAUCAGCUGCUGGACUACGACCAGUCUUUAGAUUGUCAGCAACUGAUAAUUCUCAUACAAAUAGGAAAUCGUCAGAUGGUUCAAGUUCCAGAUAUCUUGAUCAAAUACGUGAAGAGAAUUUAAAAUUUUACAUAAGGUGCGAUGAGCUGAGACGGAAGGAGACUGAGUUGAAUAGCACGAUUGAAGGGCUGGAGGAAAAAUUGAUGGAAGCGAGAAGGAGAUGUGCCCAUCUUUCUUCCCACCUUGAUCUCAAAAGAAGCAGGUGUUAAUGAACUCCAAAUGGAGAGUGCAGUAUAUAAAUCCUUUUUGAAUCGGCAAGUUAACAAACUAUACUUCACACUAUCAAAGGAAACCUCAGGUCAGAGUAGUUUCAGUAAGUUGAAGUCCUUUGAUCGUGAUUCCUGACCCUUAGAAAAUCGAGAAUCUUAGAAUUUUCUAAGCAGUGGAUAUUGUAUUGCAGUAAUGGUUGGGUCAGUCGAUCACUACUACAUCAUAGCGAAGCAUUUGUAUUUUGCAAUUAUGCUAACGGGCCAUAUGGUCAUGUUUAUAUUAGGUUUACAAUGAUGCAACCAAAGAUGAAUCCUUAAAUGUAUGGAUACAGAUGUUGAGACUUUU